AUGGCUCCUGCUCCCAUUGAUCCCCGCAUCGUAGAUGUUGCGCCUCCAAGAAAAGACAGUCUCAGUCUUCCAGGACCAACAAGAGAGCGCUUGGAGAAGGCCGGGGUUGAUCUCAGUUCUGGAUAUCCUUAUCGACCAUCGCGCCCGCUCUAUAUUGACGAUGUGUAUAAUAUUCGAAACUUUGGCCGAGCGCAUGUAGACCCCGGCACGCGAGCCGAUCCGGAGAAAAAAGCCCUGCUAUCUGCCGCCAAAGAAAUCAUCCAUUUAACACGGCAUAUUGGGACCGAAAUUUUUGGAUUGCAGCUGAAAGACUUGACGGGCCAGCAAAAGGAUGAACUGGGUCUGUUGAUAGCCGAGCGCAGUGUGGUCUUUUUCCGAGACCAAGAUAUCUCCCCACAGCAGCAGAAGGAAUUAGGGGAGUGGUUUGGAGAAAUUGAGGUUCAUCCUCAAGUUCCGCAAGUUCCUGGUGUCCCUGGGGUCUCGAGAACCCAGCCAGCUUUCGUCGACCUGGGGGGAUCUUCUCGAUGGCAUACAGAUCUUGUCCACGAGAGACAACCGGCUGGAGUGACCCACCUCCAUAAUGAUACUGUACCCACAGUUGGAGGAGAUACGCUCUGGGCAAGUGGGUAUUCAGCGUAUGAGAAGCUCUCGCCUUUAUUCCGCCAGUUCAUCGAUGGUAAAACGGCGAUCUAUCGAUCUGCCCAUCCUUAUUUAGACCGCAAGAACCCCGAAGCCGGUCCAAAGUAUGUGGAGCGUAAGCACCCGAUCGUUCGGGUUCAUCCUGCCACCGGGUGGAAGGCACUUUGGGUCAACCGAGCCAUGACCUCCCGAAUUGUUGGUUUGGAUAAGGCCGAGAGUGAUGUAGUUCUUGGAUAUUUAUUUGACGUGUAUGAGACGAAUCCGGACAUUCAAGUUCGAUUCAAGUGGAGUCCACGAACCAGUGCGCUGUGGGAUAACAGAAUCACGAUUCAUAAUGCAAGUUGGGACUAUGAAGGCUCACAGCCAAGACAUGGAACCCGAGUGACUUCACUCGCGGAGAAACCAGUAUUUGAUGCGAAUGCACCAACCAGACGGGAAAGCCUGGGGCUCCUGGGGCAGGAAGAAAUUGACGAGCUUGUCUCGUUGAAGGAACUCAGCUUGAAGUAA